GCUUGGUACUUCUUACCUCCUUCACAGAAGAGCAUGGCGACGACGUGUACUGCAUGGUCCAGGGGGCAGAUGUUGUUCAGGUAUUCUGUCAACCUGCACCAAGUGACAAGGUGGUUUUCUGAGAACGGCGACAAAGGCUGGUUCCGUUCCAUAUUUGUGCACAAAGUCGAUGCCAGGAAAGAUGCCCACUCCAACCUGCUGUCAAAGAAAGAGACCAGCAACCUGUACAAAAUUCAAUUUCAUAACGUCAAACCUGAAUGCCUUGACGCAUACAACGACCUGCAGGCUGAGGUGCAAAGCCAGCUCCACCAGGACCAGGACUAUCCAUGUGAGCUGAUUGGAAGCUGGAAUACCUGGUAUGGAGAACAAGACCAAGCUGUGCAUCUGUGGCGGUACAGAGGAGGAUACCCAGCUUUGACUGAAUGCCUGAGCAAGUUGAGGAAGAACAAGGAGUAUAUCGAGUUUCGAAAAGAGAGGUCAAAAAUGCUGAUUUCAAGGCGGAACCAGCUUCUGCUGGAGUUCAGUUUCUGGAAUGAACCCUUUCCCAGACCAGGACCUAAUAUCUACGAAAUGCGCACCUACCAUCUCAAGCCAGGAACCAUGCUUGAAUGGGGAAACCACUGGGCAAGGGCAAUCAAAUACAGACAGGAAAACAGUGAAGCAGUGGGUGGGUUCUUCUCGCAGAUUGGAGACCUGUACGUUGUUCAUCAUUUAUGGGCUUAUGAAAGCCUACAGUCUCGGGAGGACACAAGGAACUCUGCCUGGCUGAAGGAGGGAUGGGACACGAAUGUGUAUUAUACAGUACCUUUGAUCAGAAGCAUGGACUCCAGAAUAAUGAUCCCCACCAAGAGCUCACCGUUACAGUGAGAAGACGACUUCACCUCCAACAUCCUCCGUGACUGAAAUAAGACCCACCUGCUGUUGGUUCUCACUGAUAGUCGUAUUUUAUAUGUGCAGGAUGUUCUGUAAUACUAACCAGUACGUAAACAAGCUUUCAGAUUUUACUGUGUGUGUGCAAAGCAGCCAGUCAUUUGUGAAAAGCAGCAAUGUUGUGAAGAUAUUCUGAGAUUAUUAAAGUGUCCGAAGUUUAGCUCAAACUGUAUUUGGGGGAAAAACAGGAAAUGAAUAAAUGUAGGACUAAUUAGACACGCUACACUGUAAAUCACAUAAUAGGCUCAGUAUGUUCCUGUUUGUUGUUUUUAUAAUGAAUUGUGCUUUGCUUUUCACACAACAGCUUUCUAUGAUUGCACUUUUGCAACGAAUCACACUGAGUUUCACCGCUGUGUUUGACCUGAUGAAAUCUGCCGGACUACCUCGUACUUUGAACCUCACAAGCAUUAAAACAGCCCACAGUCAUUUCAAUAUCUUUUGGCAUCACCGAUGAAAAGUUAAGUAAUUUAUAAACAAGAGCAGGUACAUGAUUUCUGGUGUGAUGCACUCUGUAUUUUCAGAAUAAAAUGUGCCAAAUGUGCAGCAGAGCAUUCACUGUAAAACACAGCACUGAUGCUACAAAGACAAGAAUGUUUGUGUAAGGAAACAGGAGGAGCUUCCUGUUGUUAUCGUCAGCAUUUAGAAAUACAACAAAAGCAUAAGGUGUUCAGUUUGUUUCAGUGCUUUCUCUGUGACACAAACCUGGAAUGUCCAAGGUUUUAACAGUGUUUGUGGAAUAAUGGGUAACUUUUUCAAUCAUUCUUUUCUAAUUAUUAAUUAAUUAUGGUGAAAGUAUAAACUCAUAAGUGAAACUGUCAGAGCUUUAACCUAUAAAGACUCAAACAGCCA